GUUUGAACUCCCAGAAGACCCUCAGAUAGGGAGAUAAUUUCGCAACACACUUAAUUUGCCAAAACUAGGAUUCUGGGUUUGAUCUAGAGGCUAAGAGACUCUGGAAAAUAUAUGGAUUUCAAUGAACCGAUGCUGCUCCUGAGUUUCUGGAUUGGCCAAAUUAGUGAUCUUGGUCUUGAUUUGCUAUGGCGUUUCAUUCACAUAAUUGUGAGCUUAUGUCACACCGUCUUUGGCAUCUUUGAGGCAAUCCAAAGCUAUGCAAUCUCUUUAGGAUUGAUUCGAAAGUACAGUUCCAUAGACAUUGACAAACUCCGGUGUCUAGCUGUGGUAGUGGAUAUCGAAGUAGCUAGAGAUGUUUCCAAGAUUGUUGAGCUUUUACAAUGGCUAACGACCAUUGGAGUGAAACAAGUUGGUCUGUUUGACUCCCAAGGCUUACUGAAGAAGUCCAAGGAUAUGAUCCUUGAAAUGGUGCCGGGCUCAAUGUUAUUACAGGAGACUGGUGAAAAGGAAACUUCUCCUGACCGGAACGGCAUUGCUAUAGAGUUCAUUUCCUCCUCAGACAAUAAAGAAGCUGUUGUGAAAGCAGCCAACAUACUACUUGAGAAGUACUUGAAAUCCAGCCAUCUUGAGAAUGAUGAAGGGGAAAAUGUUUUUACUGAGUCUCAUUUAAAUGAAGCAUUAAGAGUUGUUGGUGAGAACGUACAUGUACCUGAUCUGAUGCUGGUUUAUGGACCUGUGAGGAGUCACCUCGGUUUCCCUGCUUGGAGACUUCGAUACACUGAGAUAGUACAUAUGGGAUCUUUGGAGUAUAUGAGAUAUGGUUCCCUUCUGAAGGCAAUCCACAAAUUUACAGGAGUGCGCCAAAACUAUGGCAAGGGCUUGAUGAUGAUUGUCCAGGCGCAGAUGGUUAUAGAGAGCAGAGCUUCAGAGAUUACUUUUUGUCUUUUUGGUUUGUGA